AUGCCUGUAGUAACUCGGGAGAUAAUGCCGGAACAGUAAGCCACACUAGGAUAAGAUGUAAUUUUGAUAUAGUAAUUAAAACUGAUAAACUUGUUCAAGAGUCUGUUGUUUCACUCGCUUUUCAAACGCAAGUAGUUUUAUAGUAUAAAAAAAAAGUGUUCGCUCGUUCCUAUUAAACCUGACUUCCUGAAAAUAGCAAAACUCGAUCGCAAAAAGUUUUCCCCCAUAAUAAAAGACCGCUGGGCCGUGCACAAGAUUAUACUAGUUACGCAAAAAUUUCGUGCCAAACGUUUAAUACUGAAACUAAACUUAUUUAUUUUCUUCUUCUUCUUUAAUUCUUUUAGCUUGACACGACACGACAUGUUUCUAAUCAAAGUCACCAUAACCAUCUUGCUUGUAGCUGAUUUGGUACACAACUUCCCUGUGGGUCAUCAGAAAGUACCAUCCACCUAUGACAUUGAGGAAUGUCCCCCCGGAAUCAUAGCCUGUUAUGAUGACAAACAUGAUAGUGAUCCUGAUACGACCAGGGGGGAUAAUGCAGCCAAAAUAGUCAUCAACGCAACCAGUCAAGUGACCACGCCAAUGCCGUUGCGAAACAAUGCUCGCUUUAACGACAAGAAGCACGGAUCAUCCAAUGGAUCCUCGGAGCAUAACAUGGCUGAAAAUGGGCGUAUGCGUCCCACAAGCAAGAUUAACCCUAAUUUCUGUCCGCCUGGUAUCUGGGUGUGUCGUAAAAAGCGUGCUAUACGAAGAAAGUUAAUAAGAAGAGGUGCUAGACUGCAUCAAAAGUUAUCUCACUGA